AUGGCUCCGUCGCUCACCCAAGACACUACCAGCACUGGAGAAUUUUCCUUCCCAGUUCAGAAAUCUCCACCAUCAAUUCGUGCAUCUAACCCCAGUACCUAUGAUGUUCACCACCAAAAGUUUACAAACGAGAGUCUUCCGAAAAAUGCUGAAGGCUGGCUUCGAAGGGCAAGUCUAGUAUCCGAAAUUCUCGCUGGGGAUGCAGCAGCGAGAGAUAUCGAGAACAAGUCCCCCAAGGGAGAGAUCUCCCUUUUAAAGAGCUCAGGUCUUUUGAAAGUUUUAGGGCCGACUUCCUUUGGUGGAGGUGGCCAGACUUGGGAAGUUGGCUACAAAGUAGUUAGAGAGGUUGCGAAGGGGGAUGGAAGCAUUGGAAUGCUUCUUGGGUAUCACUUACUGUGGUCUACCACAGCAGAUAUUGUGGGUACGGAUGAGCAGAAGGAACGGAUUCAAAGAUUAAUAAUUGAGAACAACUCUUUUGUUGGAGGUUCAGUCUAUCCAAGAUCUUUCAACGAUAAUUACUGACCCAUAAUAGGAGCGGUGAACCCUCGAGAUAAUGAUCUCAAGAUUACGGAUGAUGGAGACCAUGUGUUAUUUAAUGGCCACAAGCAUUUCAAUACCGGGGGUGUGGUCUCAGACUUGACGGUUCUUGAGGGUGUCCUCGAUGGCACCGAGCAUCAUAUAUUUGCACUCGUUAAAACAGAACAAGCAGGGAUUCAAUUUGCGGUAAGCCGAAACCCAAAAGCCACACUACCUCUCUUAUCUUACCAGCUACGUGCUAGCAUAACUGGGACAACGUGGGUCUUCGUUUGACAGAAAGUGGAAGUGUCAAGAUUAGUGAUGUUAGGGUUCCCUGGGCAGACGCACUCGGAUGGGAUGUUGCAACCAAAAAACCCGACCCAAAAGUUCUCAACAUUACUUUCGCCACCCUUCUUCUUCCCACAAUUCAACUAGUGUUUUCCAAUUUUUACCUCGGAAUUGCCAUUGGAUCGUUGAACUUCGCCGCCAAAUAUACUAAAAGCUCCACACGUGCUUGGCCAUAUGGUGGAGAUAACAAAGAAUCUCCAACUGAGGAGUUCUAUAUUCUCGAACGUUAUGGCAAUUUCUUCGCCCAUCUUAGAGCCGCAGAGGCCUUGGCUGACCGUGCUGGCUCUGAAAUAGCCGGUGUUUACACCAAGCAUGGCGAGAAGAGGGGAAUCACCGGGAGGGAAAGGGGGGAAGCUGCAGAAUGGGUAGCCAGCACAAAGGUGGUUACAACUGAUACCGCUUUGAGAGUUACAGCUGGUGUAUUUGAGGUCACCGGUGCUCGUGCUACUGGUAAAAAAGUUGGUCUCGACCGAUUCUGGAGAGAUGUGAGGACGCAUAGUCUUCAUGAUCCAGUGGCGUAUAAGAAUCGAGAAGUUGGCGAAUAUGCCUUACUUGACAAAGUAAGUCUUCUCGUUUAAUUUGUUUGAAAUCAUAUUGACUCUGCCAGAUACCUGAACCAACUUGGUACACUUGA